UUAUUUACUUCAUACUAUUUUUGUCCACAGAAGAAUGAUGACGCUUUGGACGAGCAAGAAAAGGCUGUAAAACAAAUCCGGGCUGCUGGAGCUGCGAAAGCUGCCGAAGACGAAAAGGCCAGGCAACCACAUUCGUUUGUGAUUCAUCGCGGUAGCGUUGGCAAGUAUAUCAAGGCAUUGGAAAAUGAUAUCCGGCAAAUAAUGGAUCCCUUUACAGCGAAGCACUUGAAGACCCUGAAACGCAACAACAUCAAAGAUUUCGUAGUACAUGGCGCUGUACUCGGUGUGACGAAUAUGAUGGUCUUGACAACCAGUGAUACGUCUGUUCAACUACGAAUGAUGCGAUUCAAUCAAGGACCCACACUCACCUUCCGAGUGCCCGAAUAUUCCUUGUCACGUCAUAUCUUAGCCACGCAGAAACGGCCCUUGGUACACCAAAAACUUUUCGAAAGACCUCCUCUUGUUGUUAUGAACGGAUUCAGCCAGAGUGGUAAAAAACAUCUUCUGCUGGUGGAAACUUUUAUACAAAACAUGUUCCCCUCGAUCAAUAUCGAUACGCUUGAAUUGCGAACUGUAAAACGUUGCUUGAUGGUGAAUUACUUCGAAGAAGAUGAUACUAUUGAGAUUCGCCAUUAUGCUAUUCGAACAGUAGCAUCAGGAUUGAACAAAUCAGUUCGGAAAUUGGUCCAAGCCGGCAAAUCGACCACUAAGGAUCUGCCGGAUCUUUCGAAAUACAAUGAUAUUGCAGAUUAUCUUCUGAAUCCCGGCCAUUUGAGCGACAGCGAAUAUGAGGGUGAACAAGAAGAGGUGGUCUUAUCGCAGAGUAUCAGUGAGCAGGCUGGUACAAUGAAAGGCGAAAAAAGUCACAUACGAUUGAUGGAGAUUGGACCACGUUUAAAACUGGAGCUACUAAAAGUUCAAGAUGGAAUCGAUGAAGGAGAAGUGUUAUAUCACAAAAUCAUCCAAAAAACCAGUGAAGAACUAGAAAAACUGAAGAAGGAAGCUCCUAAAAAGAAGAAAUUGAGAAAGAGAAGGGAGCAGGAGACAGAACACCGCGUCAUACGUCGUCUCGAAAACGCAAAAGAAAAAGCAAAGCGAGAGGAAGAGGAAUUCAAAGCGUUCAAAGAAAAAGCUGCAAGAAAACAAGCUGCAGCGACAGGGCAGACAGAGGACAUCGAGAAUAGCAAGGAAAAGGAUCGAGAGAUAGCUCUUAAUAGAGAACGCGAGUUGAAACGCCACGGCGGCGGAGGCGAAGGUCAAAAUCGUCCACUGGAACCGGAACGAAAACGCAGGCGAAAGGAUUUUCAUGAUACGAAGCACGGCGCAAAGAAGCAAUUUAAUAAAGAGAGAGGAGAAUAG